AUGGCAAAUUACAAUCAAAGAGCCUUGCUGGUCAGAGUUCUAUGCUAUUCAGAAGACGCUUGUACACAAUGUUUUAGGUCACAGAACAAUAAAAUUGAAAGUGUAAAAUUUUUUACUAGAGGAAAGGACCAGUCUGAGGCAUCAGAAGAAGUAUACGAUUGUCAUGAUUCCUUUGAACAAAGACCCUUGGAUAAUUUUUACGAGACAAUAAACACUUUUUUGGAACCAUUUGAGCAAUCUGAUCUUACAUCAGAAUUCUGGAAGGACAUUAUCAGAUGUUUAGAGCUAUACGACUUUAAAUAUGAAAAAGUUGACAAAGUAGAAUUUUGGUUACCCCAAAAGAGUCCAAUGUCUGAUAAGGACUUGGAAGAGGCAUAUGCAAAGUUGUCAACAGAACAGAGGCACUAUGUAUCAUCAUUUAAGACAGCGUUACAAACAGAUAUGAAAAAUGGACGGGCUAAAAAUUGGAUUGAGGUAUUGAUGAAAAUACUCCUGACAUGUCUUGGGAGUAAUGAUAUGUGUGGCUCUGCCACAAACAUACAUGACAGUAUUAACACUGCAUUGGAGACUGUUUUUGGCGAUUUUGAUACCCCGAUCACCCAGAUGGAGUAUAAUGCACCUUACUCUAGCACUCCAUCAAGUACCUCUUCAUCUUUGUUAAGCCUGUCUUCAUUAAAUCUGGAGUCAUCAGUCGCUGAAUCUUCUACAGGAUAUUUAGCAGAUCACAGAGUUUCAAGGCACACAAUAGUUCCAGAUUACUGUGUCGUGCUGCCUGAUUUUCCUGGUAUCUUUCCAAUAGUUUUUGAACUGAAACCUGCACACCGGGAGUCUCAUGCAAUUGUCCAAAAUAUACAACAAAUGUUGUCCAAGCUUUUCUUUCAGGAUGUUGUGUUUGGCAUUGUUGUUUCACCCAGAUUAUUUCAACUAUCGGUAAUUAUUAAACAGGGAAAAGAUCUUCAUUUUGCAAGUACAAACAAUAUUUACAUUUACAAAAGUAAGAAUCAGGCUAAAAUACUUGAUUUGGGAGAGUUAAAUAAAAUGUGUACUUUUAUUUACCGAGUCUUAAAGUGGGCAAAGACAACAAAAUGCAGACUAGAAAAAAAUCUUCAGACAUAGGGACAACUGUCCAUUGUAAUGGUUUUUGUUGAGCCCAGCCUUUUGUCGCUGAAACCCUGACAUAGGGAAAGUGAUCUGGCGGUGUUAACUAACUUCUUGAAAAGUGUAUAUUUAUACCCCACGCAACGAAGUUGCGGAGGGUAUAAUGUUUUUGACCCGUCCGUCCGUCCGUCAGUCCGUCAGUCCUGUUUCUUGUCAUCGCAACUCCUCUCAAACCACACAACAGAAUUUCACGAAACCUUUUCAGAUAAUAAGGACAUACUAUGUAGUUGUGCAUAUCGACGGGAAAUUGCGAUUCAAUUUUUUUUCUAGGAGUUACGCCCCUUUGAACUUAUUUACUUUAAUAUACUACUGCAAAAGUUUGUCAUCGCAACUCCUCUCAAACCACACAACAGAAUUUCACGAAACCUUUUCAGAUAAUAAGGACAUACUAUGUAGUUGUGCAUAUCGACGGGAAAAUGCGAUUCAAUUUUUUUUCUAGGAGUUACGCCCCUUUGAACUUAUUUACUUUAAUGUACUUCUGCAACAGUUUGUCAUCGCAACUCCUCUCAAACCACACAACAGAAUUUCACGAAACCUUUUCAGAUAAUAAGGACAUACUAUGUAGUUGUGCAUAUCGACGGGAAAUUGCGAUUCAAUUUUUUUUCUAGGAGUUACGCCCCUUUGAACUUAUUUACUUUAAUGUACUACUGCAACAGUUUGUCAUCGCAACUCCUCUCAAACCACACAACAGAAUUUCACGAAACCUUUUCAGAAAAUAAGGACUUACUAUGUAGUUGUGCAUAUCGACGGGAAAUUGCGAUUCAAUUAUUUUUCUAGGAGUUACGCCCCUUUGAACUUAUUUACUUUAAUGUACUACUGCAACAGUUUGUCAUCGCAACUCCUCUCAAACCACACAACAGAAUUUCACGAAACCUUUUCAGAUAAUAGGGACAUACUAUGUAGUUGUGCAUAUCGACGGGAAAUUGCGAUUCAAUUUUUUUCUAGGAGUUACGCCCCUUUGAACUUAUUUGCUUCAAUGUACUUCUGCAACAGUUUGUCAUCGCAACUCCUCUGAAAACACACAACAGAAUUUCAUGAAAUUUUGUAGAUAAUAAGGACAUACUAUGUAGAUGUGUAUAUUGACAGGAAAUUAUUAUUCAGUAUUUUUUCUUAUACAAUUUUUUUUUCUUAUACUUAUUUAAUUUCUCCAAUGACAUUGUGGGGACGUGGGGUAUGUGAGUGUGCUCACUAAGGUUCUUUAAUUUAUAAGGUGGAAGAGCCAGAUGUUGCAUACUUUGUAUUGUACUUAGUCUGUCACAUGUCCAUUGUCCUUGACCUCAUUUUCGUGGCUUGGGGACUACUUGACAAAAAGGACAAGAUUUUUUGUAAUGUUAAUUUCUCUCUUAUUAUGAGUAAUAUAAUAACUAUAUUUGGUAUGUUUGUACCUUGCAAGGUCCUCAUGUCCUUAAGACAGUUUUUAUACGACCGCAAAAAUUUGAAUUUUUUGGUCGUAUAUUGCUAUCACGUUGGUGUCGUCGUCGUCCGAAUACUUUUAGUUUUCGCACUCUAACUUUAGUAAAAGUGAAUAGAAUCAAUGAAAUUUUAACACAAGGUUUAUGACCACAAAAGGAAGGUUGGGAUUGAUUUUGGGAGUUUUGGUCCCAACAUUUUAGGAAUUAAGGGCCAAAAAGGGCCCAAAUAAGCAUUUUCUUGGUUUUCGCACCAUAACUUUAGUUUAAGUGAAUAGAAAUCUAUGAAAUUUUGACACAAGAUUUAUGAUCACAAAAGGAAGGUUGGGAUUGAUUUUGGGAGUUUUGGUUCCAACAGUUUAGGAAUUAAGGGCCAAUAAAGGGCCCAAAUAAGCAUUAUUCUUGGUUUUCGCACAAUAACUUUAGUAUAAGUAAAUAGAAAUCAAUGAAAUUUAAACACAAGGUUUAUGACCACAAAAGGAAGGUUGGGAUUGAUUUUUGGAGUUGAGGUCACAACAGUUUAUGAAUUAGGGGCCAAAAAGGGGCCCAAAUAAGCAUUGUUUUUGGUUUUUGCACCAUAACUUUAGUAUAAGUAAAUAGAAAUCUAUGAAAUUUAAACACAAGGUUUAUGACCAUAAAAGGAAGGUUGGGUUUGAUUUUGGGAGUUUUGGUCCUAACAGUUUAGGAAUAAGGGGCCCAAAGGGUCCAAAAUUGAACUUUGUGUGAUUUCAUAAAAAAUUUAAUAAUUGGGGUUCUUUGAUAUGCUGAAUCUAACUAUGUAUGUAGAUUCUUAAUUUUUGGUCCCGUUUUCAAAUUGGUCUACAUUAAGGUCCAAAGGGUCCAAAAUUAAACUUAGUUUGAUUUUACCAAAAAUUAAAUCCUUGGGGUUCUUUGAUACGCUGAAUCUAACAAUGUGCUUAGAUUUUUUAUUAUUGGCCUAGUUUUCAAGUUGGUCAAAAUGGGGGUCCAAAAUUAAACUUUGUUUGAUUUCAUUAAAAAUUGAAUGAAUGGGUUCUUUGAUAUGCCAAAUCUAACUGUGUAUGUAGAUUCUUAAUUUUUGGUCCAGUUUUCAAAUUGGUCUACAUUAAGGUCCAAAGGGUCCAAAAUUAAACUAAGUUUGAUUUAAAAAAAAAAAAAUUCUUGGGCUUAUUUGAUAUGCUUUAUCUAAAUAUGUACUUUGAUUUUUGAUUAUGGGCCCAGUUUUCAAGUUGGUCCAAAUCAGGAUUCCAUAUCAAGUCUUGUGCAAUAGCAAGAAAUUUUCAAUUGCACAGUAUUGCACAAUAGCAAGAAAUAUCUAAUUGCACAAUAUUGUGCAAUAGCAAUUAAUUUUCAAUUGGAGUUAUCUUUCUUUGUAUAGAAUAGUAGUUGAUAAUAUAUGUUGGAAAUUUGCCAGACAUGACUAUGAUGUCAUUUUCUAUUUUUAUUUGCCAAUAACUUUAUGUAAAUAACUUCAUUGGAAAUUUGCCAAUAUAAAAUGUUGCUGAUGAAGCUUUUUUUCCUUAUCUUAUCUAAAAUGUUUUUAGAUAAUGUAUGUUGGACAUUUGCCAGACAUGACUACGAUGUCAUUUUCUAUUUUUAUUUGCCAAUAACUUUAUGUAAAUAACUUCAUUGGAAAUUUGCCAAUAUAAAAUGUUGCUGAUGAAGAUUGCACAGUAUUGCACAAUAGCAAGAAAUAUCUAAUUGCACAAUAUUGUGCAAUAGCAAUUAAUUUUCAAUUGGAGUUAUCUUUCUUUGUAUAGAAUAGUAGUUGAUAAUAUAUGUUGGAAAUUUGCCAGACAUGACUAUGAUGUCAUUUUCUAUUUUUAUUUGCCAAUAACUUUAUGUAAAUAACUUCAUUGGAAAUUUGCCAAUAUAAAAUGUUGCUGAUGAAGCUUUUUUUCCUUAUCUUAUCUAAAAUGUUUUUAGAUAAUGUAUGUUGGACAUUUGCCAGACAUGACUACGAUGUCAUUUUCUAUUUUUAUUUGCCAAUAACUUUAUGUAAAUAACUUCAUUGGAAAUUUGCCAAUAUAAAAUGUUGCUGAUGAAGUUUUUUUUAUUGUUUUAUACAAUAAACAAUGUAUAUUCACUUUUACUACCAACCAAUCUUUACCAUUCAGUGAUAACAAGCACUUUAUUUUACAUUUUAAUAUUUUAUGAUGUAUUAAAAAGAGUAGUUAUUGUUGCAAACUCCAUUAGAAAUUUAAAUUGAUAUCAGUUUUGGAAAAAGGGAAACGGGGAUGUGAAAAAAAAGGGGGGGGGGGUUAAAUUUUUCUCAUUUCAGAUUUCAUAAAUAAAAAGAAAAUUUCUUCAAACAUUUUUUUGAGAGGAUUAAUAUUCAAUAGCAUAGUGAAUUGCUCAAAGGCAAAAAAAAACUUUUAAGUUCAUUAGACCACGUUCAUUCUGUGUCAGAAACCUAUGCUGUGUCAACUAUUUAAUUUUAGAUUUAAAAAGUUUGAAGAAGAAAUCUUUAAUUGAUUUGUAAAAUCUUGACAUUUGUUUUGUGUAAAAAAAAACCAUGUAAUGUCAAAAAUUUGAUCACAAUCCAAAUUCAGAGCUGUAUCACGCUUGAAUGUUUUGUCCAUACUUGCCCCAGUUGUUCAGGGUUCGACCUCUGCGGUCGUAUAAAGCUGCGCCCUGCGGAGCACCUGGUUAAAAUUU